CCAGAACCAGUUGGUGUUUAUACAUUGUAAAAGUAAAGUCAAUAACCAUAAGAAGAAGAAAUAGAAGACAGAACAAGAGUGUUAAAAGUGUUAAGAUGUUUCUGUAAGAAAAUUUAGUUGUUGUGUUUACAAUUCAUCAUACUCCAAAGCCAACUGUAUCCUCUUGUUUUUGUUCUCUUCUCUCUCUCUCUCCUCCGCGAAUCUCGCUCCGUUUUCACUCACUCACUGGCUUAUUAACCCACCCCAUUAAACUAUAUACUUAAAACCCCUCAAACCCAAAUGCGCUUUCUCUUUUUCUCUUCUUCUUCUUCUUCUUCUUCUCGUUGAGUUCAGCUAGCAAGGUGAGGAGGGAGAUGGCCGGCGGAGCCGCCGUGGCGGUGGCAGGGGAGAGGACGGUGGGGGGAGUGCUUGAGGUGGUGGGGGAGAUUGUGGGGAUGUUGGGGGGAAAUGGGAGUGGUGGGUUGUUUAGGAAGGAUUGUAUGGAUCUGGUGCGGAGGAUUGCUUUGUUGAAACAUUUGUUGGAGGAGAUUAGAGAUUGUGGGCUGUUGGAUGAGUUGACUAAUUCUGAGUCUUCUUCUUCGUCUAAAGGGAGUUGGUGGAAUGAUCUGGUGCUGGCUCUGCAGGCUGCUAAGCGACUCCUUUCUGUUUCUUCAAGUUUCACAUCCAAUGACCCUUCUGAUGUUGCCGCGAAGAAAAUCUCUUUUCAGUUUCAAUGUGUGACAUGGAAACUGGAGAAAGCUUUGGGGAAUAUACCGUAUGAUCGUUUUGACAUCUCUGAGGAAGUUCAAGAACAGGUCGCAUUGGUGAAAGCUCAGUUAAAGAGAGCCACGGAGAGAUAUGGAUCCUUGAAUUCAAGAAAGUUUUUUCAUGCAUUGUCCCAGCCGAUGGACAAAGAAGGUAGUAAUACUAGUGACCAAUUUGUUGUAGUGAAGCAAGAUCAUGUCCCGGAAAGUAUUGACUUGAAAGGCGAUGGUGCAGAGCAGACGAUCAACUUGGAACGAUCAAGGAGCUUUCCUUUAUCAUCUGGAGUCUGCCAGUCAAACAAUGUUAACGCUGAAGGGCAAGAGAAUUCAGCCGGCAAGAGUAUGGAUGAAAUUAAGCAGCCUGAUGCGCUUGCCAUUCCUGUUGAUUUUCUAUGCCCUAUAUCUUUAGAACUAAUGAGGGAUCCUGUUAUUGUGGCCACAGGACAGACGUAUGAGAGGUCGUACAUACAGAGAUGGAUAGAUUGUGGCAAUGUAACAUGUCCAAAAACUCAGCAGAAGCUCCAACAUUUAAUGCUUACCCCAAACUAUGUUCUGAGAAGUCUAAUUACUCAGUGGUGUACAAAUCACAAUAUCGAACAGCCUACAGGAGUAGCAAAUGGGAAGUUAAGGAAGAGUGAUGGCUCUUUUCGUGACGUUAGUGGGGAUGUGGCUGCCAUUGAGGCUCUGGUCCGCAAACUCUCAAGCCUGUCAGUUGAGGAGUGUAGAGCUGCUGUGGCUGAAAUAAGAUCGCUAUCCAAAAGAAGUACUGAUAACAGGAUACUAAUUGCAGAAGCAGGAGCGAUUCCUAUUCUAGUUAACCUUUUAACAACAGAUGACGCUGUAAUGCUAGAACACGCUGUGACUUCCAUCCUUAACCUGUCUAUAUAUGAAAAUAACAAAGGACUCAUAAUGCUUGCCGGUGCCAUUCCUUCCAUAGUUCAAAUCCUGAGAGCUGGAAGCAUGGAAGCUCGAGAGAAUGCCGCAGCAACCCUUUUUAGCCUAUCACUUCUGGAUGAGAACAAAAUAAUAAUUGGGGCAUCAGGCGCAAUACCAGCUUUGGUAGAUUUGCUCCAAAACGGGAGUAUGAGAGGAAAGAAAGAUGCUGCAACUGCAUUGUUCAAUCUUUGCAUUUAUCUGGGGAACAAGGGAAGGGCUGUAAGGGCCGGAAUUAUCUCUGCUUUACUGAAAAUGCUUACAGACUCAAGAAAUUGUAUGGUUGAUGAGGCUCUGACAAUACUCUCAGUUCUAGCUAGUAACCAAGAGGCAAAGGUCGCUAUAGUGAAGGCGAGCACGAUACCUGUUUUGAUAGACCUUCUGAGGACAGGUCUUCCGCGCAAUAAAGAAAAUGCAGCUGCCAUUUUACUCUCCUUGUGCAAGAGAGAUUCCGAGAAUCUCGCGUGCAUAAGUAGGCUUGGUGCUCUCAUACCCCUGACCGAACUUGCUAAGAGUGGCACGGAGAGGGCGAAGCGAAAGGCUACUUCACUGUUGGAGCAUCUGCGCAAAUUACAGCAACUCCAACAGGAGUAGUUUGUCGCAUAGAUUUUUAUUCCUUUUUUUUUUUUUUGUUCUCUUUAUUUUGAUUCCAAUUAUUUUGACAAUCGCUGCUGCCACACCAUUCCUUUUAUUCAUGAAACUGAGGAAAUGAGCAUAUGAGAGGUAAAAGAAAAACCUAUUCUCGGUGCCUUUGUGUUUUAUUCCAGCAUUUGACUGUGUAAAAAUCCCAUUUGACAUGUUUGUUAAAAAAUUAAGUACUCAA